AUGGCACCUAACACAACUCUUUCCGCGCGUGAUGCCGAGAUCGUCGCAGCCGUUCUCCAGUGCCUGAAGACUCCUCCCAAGAUCGACUACGAGAGACUGGCCGAAAAGGCUGGCUACAAGAAUGCUUCAUCGGCUCGCGCUUGCUUCCAGGACAUCAAGAAGAAACUGCGUAUCAGUGCUGGCGGCGACACUGGUAAGUUUGCAACUCCUGCUGCUACCAAGAAAGUUCCCAACCCCAGAAAGCGCAAACAACUCUCUUCGCCCCCUGACUCCUCCUCCGCCACUCUCGCCAGCUCCUCUCCCACCGGCAACUCCAACGACGAAACCACCACUCGUCAAACCAAGAAACCCAAGGUCACCAAAGCCAGAAGCAUCACUGCUUCCAGAGCAAAGAAACCCAAGAUCAGCACGCCCGAGACCGAGGAAGACAUCAACAAUGCCAAAGCCAUUGCAGCCGGUAGAGCUAGAUACGCUGCCGAUAAGCUCGCUGCUGAGAUCGGGAAGGAGGAUGGAGAAGAAGAGGAACAUCCUGUCGCCGAUGACGCAGAGGGCGAGGAUGAAUGGCCUGUGGGUAUGAAUGUCGACUCUGGCGAGGAUGAGGGAUUGACAGCGUAUGAGCUGGUCAAGAACGAGGUCUUUGGCGAGGGCGUCGAGGUUUGA